UAAAACCUAAAGGUAACUUCUAAGGUAAGGAACCUGCUAGUGAACUGAAGGUCUGCUGUAUGUCUCCAGGAACGAAGACAACCUGAUGUACAGUUGUUGGGACGUGUUCCUCUGGUGUGGACUGUGGAAGCGAUCCUGUACACCGCCAUCGCCGUUGUACUCUUCCUCACACCUCACAGGCACUGGCUCUCCAUCGUCGCAGCUGCUUAUCCUGGCUGUGUGUUACCUGUACCUCACAUGCCGCAGUCACUUUCAUAGAAGACACUCUGGUAGACUUUUACUCAGUCAGACACCAAGUCAGGAAGACAGGUUUGACGACUUAAGAGAAAUCCUGGACGACUCUCUACCGGGGCCAGUAUCUGCUGAUAACUUAUCUCCUCUGGAGCAGGACUCCAUCUUGGACAUCUGACGUCACUCGACCACGUGACCUUUACCUGUUUUUAAUUUGUAUUUA